AUGGCCCUGUCCGGCCCUGAGUCCCAUCCCCCUGGCCAGGAGUCUGAGCCCGCGCCUCUAGAUUUCUACUCUGCCGGCCAUAGUUACUUCUCCGCAGGCCAAGAACUGGACUCUCCCUACCAAGAACUGGACCUGGACUCCCUAGAUGAGGAUCUUUACGCGGCCACGCCCGAUGCUGUGAUGGAGACCUCCUUGUGCAUGCUGGAAUCUUCGGAGCCACAAGAUCCCACAGCGGCCGAGCAGGUGGAGCUCAGGUCGGAGCUCACUAAGUUGGAGGCAGAGAUCUUAACUCUACGGGGUGUGCUGGCGGCCAAAGAGAGGCGCUGCGGGGAGCUCAAGAAGAAGCUGGGCCAGGUGGCCUCGGUGGGGCUGAGGCAGAAUCUGUCCAAAAGCUGGCACGAUGUUCAGGUCUCCAAUGCCUACAUGAAGCAGAAGACUUCAACUGCCCUGUCCACCGUGGGCACUGCCAUCUGCAGGAAGUUCGAAGAUAUGAGGAAGUCGUCCACCUUCAGAUCUUUUGAAGGUCUGAUGGGGACGAUCAAGUCAAGAGUUGGAGGUGGCAGAGAGUUCGACAGUGACUGCCUUCCUUCCCCGGGAAGGGGCAGUGACCCGUUCUCGGUUCCAGGCAGUGGGGACCAUCCUGCACCACAGCUUGGAGACCAGCAGCUCUCUGUCCUGGAGCCAUAGUAAGCCCUUUGCAAACCUUGCUUGGCCGCCAAACCAGCCC